AGAGGCAGGCGUGGCGGGUCCGGGAUACCUCGGAAGCCAGGAGAUGAGGUCUCUUCUCAUCACACCCAGGACUUUUCAUCAAAGGAGAACACAAAGCGUUCAGUCCGAGAAGCAAUAAGCAGAGGACACGGGAAGUGUGGCACUGGCAGUUUGCAUUUUCGGAACAAAUGGGAAGGCGUGGGCGAGAAUGAGGGUGAGAGAGCGAGUGGCAGUGGGCGGCGCGGGAUAACUAGCAGUGGUACAAACGUCUCUGCCGGGGCCGGCCAAGAACAGAAGACACCUGGGGAAAAACCUCAGGUCAUGGCAGUUACUCACCAAGAGCCCUACCUUCCAACAAGCAAGUAUUCUCAGCAACACUCGAAAUGUACCUUUCCUCUGAAAGGAAGCUGGGAGCGUCUGAAGUGGGGUGUAGGUCAGGACAUGAUCAGUUUACAAUGUAGCAGUGGGUUACACUUUCAUUCAAACAUUCCUGUAGAUAGAAUAGAAAAGGAACACACUUCCGAAUGUGGCCAGUUUGAGAGUUCUUUUACAAAAAACCCAUUACUUUGCAGUCAACAAACAACUCCUUGUGCCAAAAUAUGUAAUUUUAAUGACUGUGCGAAGGAUUUUUUGUAUCCAUCAUUGUUAAAUCAAAAUACAGACCCAGCUGUCUGGGAAGUGGAGGGCAUGUUUCAUGAGAGCACACAGACUGUUAGCCUGAGCCACAUCAGGGAUAAUUACCAGGAUUCUUCUGUCGGAGAGAAAACUUAUGAGUGCAUUGAAACCCAUAACAAUUUUAAUUAUGGUUCAAGUCAUAGUAAACGCAUUCCUUUCCCAGAGAAUCUUCACAAGGGUAACAAAUGCGGGAAAGUCGUUCAUCAGGGCUCAGAGGAGCUUCAGAGCUCGUGUCUCCGAGACGAGGCUUACAGAUCCAAAGAAUGCGUCCCAACUUCUAGUCAAAACUCAAACCUUACAGGACACCAUAGUCCAGAGAAACCCUACAAAUGUAAAGAAUGUGGCAAGGCCUUUAGCAGUUGUUCAUAUCUUAGUGUGCACCAGAGAAUUCAUACCGGAGAGAAACCCUUUGGAUGUAAAGAAUGUGGCAAAACCUUUAACACAAGGUCAAACCUCAGGCAGCAUCAAAGAAUUCAUACUGGAGAGAAACCUUACAAAUGUCAAGAUUGUGGCCAAGCUUUUAAUCAGCGCUCACAUCUUAUUCAACACCAGAGAGUUUAUGUCGGAGAAUGUGGCAAAUCCUUUAUCAAGUGUCCCCCUCUUCGACAGCGUCAUGCCAUUCAUGCUGGAGCAAAGCCCUACAAGUGUAAGGAGUGUGGCAAAAGCUUUGUUCAUAUUUCAAAUCUUACUCAGCACCAAAACGUUCACACUGGAGAGAAGCCCUACGAGUGUAAAGAGUGUGGCAAAGCCUUUACCAGUGACUUAAGCCUGAAACGACAUCGUGUAGUUCAUACUGGAGAGAAGCCCUACGAGUGUAAAGAGUGUGGCAAAGCUUUCACCCAAAGUUCGAAUCUCAGAAGACAUCAUAGAGGUCAUAGAGGAGAGAAACCCUACCAAUGUAAGGAGUGCGGCAAAGCCUUUACCACGCACUCAAGUCUUAGAGAGCAUCACAGAGUUCACACUGGAGAGAAGCCCUACAAGUGUGCACAGUGCAGCAAAGCCUUCAGCCGUUGUUCACACCUCACUGUACACCAGAGAAUUCAUACUGGAGAGAAACCCUUCGUGUGCCAAGCCUGUGGCAAAGCCUUUUCCAGAUGUUCAAUCCUUAGGCAUCAUAACAGAAUUCAUACCGGAGAGAAGUGCUCCUAACGGAAAGAUUAUGGCAAACUGUGUGCACAUGCAUGAUUGCAUGUGUGGAAUUCAGAGGUCAGUACUGGGCAGCGUGUGACCACACAGAAAAUUGAAGGCUUAAUGGAAAUGGU